AUGAAUGUAUCAAACAGCGAUUGUUUGAAUAUACUUGAUUUACCUAAUGAAAUUUUAUUUUUUAUUUUUGAAAAACUAAAUAUGGUUGAUGUUUUAUAUUCAUUCGUCGGUAUUACUCAACGAUUUAGUCAAUUAGUGUUGGAUCCAUUUUAUAUUCGUAAACUUAAUUUAACUUCAAUGAAAAUGAAAUCCUGUUUCGACCAGAUCUAUCCAAUAAAUAAUAAAAUUCUUGAUAAAAUUUGUACAAAUAUUUUACCUCAAAUUUGUGAUCAAAUAAAUGAAUUAAUUCUUGAACAAUAUUCAAUGGAACGUAUUCUUCAUACUAUUAAUUAUCCUCAACUUUAUUCAUUAAAAUUUAUGAAUUUUCCAGAAUAA